AUGGAAACCAAGAUGAAACUGUCCACGGCCAUCAUUUUCUGCUCUAUGAUUCUCUGCGUCAGCAGCCAAAGUUGGUUCUCAUUUAUGGAUGAUUUUCGUGAAGGGCUCAGAGACAGUUGGAGAGCCUACAGAGACUACAGAGACAACAUGCAAGAGGAGAAUGACAGAAAUUUUGGCAAAUUCAUCUUUCCUGUCACCAGAGAGAAUUAUCCAAGAAUCACGAAAUUUUUGAUGUUUGGAGACAGUAGCCCCGGACAAGAAGAUACCAUCUUUGACCCAUUUCCCAAAGAACGGGGCCGGAUUGGCAACAACCCCAAUGCCUUCCGGCCUUAUGGCCUGCCUGAAAAGUAUUGA